GCAGACGUUGGAUAAACUACCCAUAAAAACUGUAAAUUUGCAUCUCCCGUGAUUUCUAAGAAUAAUAUCUGCUUUAGAAAAAGCCCAAAAGUAUUAUAAACAAAACCUCCUUGGUCUAGGUAGCUAACAUUAUAUUAGCUAAUUAAGCAAGGAUGGGUUGAAGUUUUGCAGAGUUUGGGGUUGCAUCCGCCAUGUAUUCACCACUGUCGGGAAUGGAAAUGGUGCCGAGAAGCUACAGUGUUACAAGUCGAGAGGUGCAGUGAUGAGAUCAAUUUUUAUGCAGUUUUAUAGGAUUGAAGAUUCAGUUCAAGCUUGCUUCAAGUCAAACCAACUUCAACUAUUAAGAGCCACAUCAUCAAAUUUCAUGGCUUAAAAGAUAGCAGGGCAGUUUUGGAGUUAGUGGGCAGUUUUUAACGUGAAAAUAGGAAGAAGGAAGUGGAGCAAAAGAGGGAAGAAACUGUCAAAGGAAAACUGUCUUCUGGAUGCUGAAAAAAAAAAAAAAAGAGCAGAAUAGUUGGCAAAGAGCAUAGGAGAGAAAAAAUCUACAUUUUUCAUUUUUUCUCAAUAGCAACAUUCAAUGGGCAGACUUCUUCCAAAUUCAAAUUAGUAAUUUCUUUCUUUGUACCCAUAGAAAACGUAUGUUAGUUUCUAUUUUUCUGUUUUAGUUUUAAUGAAUUCUAGUACAACUGUUUGUUUUCUGUCUUUGAUUAUGGAGUAAUUCUGUACUUGGGGUUAUGUUGAAAUC